GCUAAUUGAGCUCCGCCUAUCUACCAUAUCAAAGCUUGGACUCUAACCUUUCACACCGUGAACGUCGAGACAGAGUCCUCGCCGAAGUCAUUUCGACUUCAAAAAACACAAAGAAACAAUUUUUGUAACCAUAUAACAGGCUCUUCUGGAGCUAGUCAUCGCAAAGAUGUCGAACAAGCAAGGAAAAAUGGCCGGUUACAUCAACUACCGAAUGAGAGUCACGUUGAUGGACGGCCGUCAAAUGACAGGUCAAAUGCUAGCUUUCGAUAAGCAUAUGAAUCUCGUUCUUGCCGACACGGAAGAGUUUCGACGCGUAAAGCGAAAGCAGGCAAAGCCCACCGCGCCGGGCGCAUCUAGCUCAUCCGCAACCCAGACGAUCGAGACGGAAGAAAAGCGUACUUUGGGCUUGACGAUUCUCCGUGGUGCUCACAUCGUAUCUCUCUCUGUCGAAUCUGCACCUCCCGCCGAUCCUAGCACGCGACUUGGCAAGAGUACUCCGAGCGGUCUACCUACUGGUUUAACUUCUGGUCCUGGUGUCUCUCGUCCCGCGGGGCGUGGUGCAGCCCCAACAUCUCUUGCUGGUCCGGCUGCUGGUGUUGGAGGCAGUGCUCCUCCCCCUUUCCCCCAGUUUGGUGGUGCCCCUGGAUUUGGUCCUGGCAGAGGCGGUCCUCCUGCACCUGGAUUCCCGCCUGGUGGAUUCGCUCCCCCAGGGUUCCCCCAGAACACUCAAUUCCCACCACCUGGCUUUAAUCCUGCUGGCGGCGCUCCCCCGGGAUUCAACCCUCCACCUCGAAGAUAGUAGCAGAUUGGAAAUUGAGUUCAGAGAAUGGAAGAAAGUCGUACCGAGUAAUGACCAGGAAUACCAUUGGCGUUAAAGGGUAGUAGCUGAAAACUACGGGUAGCACCAAAUAAUGGUGAAAAUCGCAUUCUGUACUCUACGAUUGAUCGGAAGGGUCGCAAAUACAGCACCACAUGAGUCCCGAAAGCAUUAAAGGCUACCAUACUAAGUAAUUUGUCUCCUACAUAAAGUACUAGGUACCGUGUAGAUGCAAUUGAUGAUAAAGUGUCGUCGGGAUUACCUUGAUAAU